AUGCGCUCCACCCUCGCCGUCAUUCAUCUAUUUGUGCUCGCCUUCGCACAAUUCUCCGAGCCCGUCUCAUUCGACGGCAUUUACUCCAACGCCUCCACCCCAAUGUCAAGACUCGCAUGCUCCGACUCUCUAAAUCCACUUGGGUUUACCACCCUAUCCUCACUUCCGUCCUUCCCAUACAUCGGUGGUGCUUCGUUUGUUGCUGCAAACGGCUCGGGUAGCUGUGGCACCUGCUGGGAGCUAUUCUAUUUCGGCAGAAACGGGAGCGGCAGCAGCAAUGGGACCACGAGAAGCAUCAGCGUCCUUGCAAUCGACUACGCGAAGGACGGAUUCAAUAUCGCACAGGAGGCAAUGGACGCGUUAACGGGCGGGCAAGCUCGGUCACUAGGGAUUGUCAACGUCACGGCCGUAGAGGUCGACGACUCCGCUUGCGGGCUAUGA